GUGUGUCAGGCUUUUUGUGUGCAUGUGCACAUUUACAUGUAUGCAUUUUGUUUCUAGAACCUUUUUUCUGAUAAAAAGAAAAAGUAACUAAGACAUCUUUCUUAGACUAGUGAAAGACAUUUUCAUCUUUUUAUCUAAAAUAUUCCAUUUUUAGCUAAGACAAAUUUGGUGUUUUUGAGAAUGGUUUCUCCAAAUUAACACCACAGGACAACUGCAUGAAUUACGGAUUGUUAAGGAGGCUGUUGAACAUUAUUUUUCUUCCAUAGUCACUUUUAAAUUUUUCUUUUAGCCCUGAUUUUUGCUUAAUUCAAACAGUGCCUUACAACAUGUGCAGACUUUGGAGUAUAGCAGUACUGCUCUGUGUCAAAUUGGUGGACACUGUGAAUGGUAAUACAGGACUUAUGCUGGACAGAGGUGCAGCGGCUUCCUCUUGCUUUGGAGGUUUUGACCUCUAUUUUGUACUAGACAAAUCUGGAAGUGUGCAGCAUCACUGGAAUGAAAUAUAUAACUUUGUGGAACAUCUGGCCCAUAAGUUUAUAAGCCCUCAGUUACGGAUGUCCUUCAUUGUAUUCUCUGAUCAGGGCAAGAUUCUAAUGCGGCUCACAGAGGACAGGGACCUAAUUCGUAUAGGUCUGGAGGAACUCCAGAAAGUGCGUCCAGGUGGAGAUACUUUCAUGCACGAGGGUAUUCAGAGGGCAAGUGAACAGAUUUACUACAGUAACACUGAGGGAUACCGCACAGCCAGUGUCAUCAUUGCUCUCACAGAUGGUGAACUGCAUGAAGAUCUCUUCUAUUAUGCUGAAAGAGAGGCCAAUCGUUCCCGCAGUCUGGGUGCCUCUGUGUACUGUGUGGGGGUCAAGGACUUCAAUGAGACUCAGCUGGCCAAAAUUGCUGACAGCAAAGAUCAUGUCUUCCCAGUAAAUGAUGGCUUCGAAGCUCUCCAAGGUGUCAUUGAUUCGAUCUUGAAAAAAUCAUGCAUUGAGAUCCUUGCUGCAGAACCUUCCAGUAUCUGUGCUGGAGAGGCAUUCCAAGUCGUCGUGAGAGGAAAUGGAUUCCUUCAUGCUAGAAAUGUGGACAAGGUUCUUUGCAGCUUCAGAAUUAAUGACACCCUUACCAGAAUGGUGAAGCCAUUAAUAGUAGAGGACACGUACCUGCUAUGUCCAGCUCCUGUUCUUCAAGAGGAGGGAACGGCUGCCUCUCUUUACGUCAGCAUGAAUGAAGGCCUGAGUUUUAUCUCUAGUUCUGUUACCAUCACCACUGUAAGCUGUUCUGAUGGUACGAUCCUGGCCAUAGCACUACUAAUUGUGUUGUUACUACUGAUUCUGGCCCUCCUAUGGUGGUUUUGGCCUCUCUGCUGCACUGUGAUUAUCCAUGAACCUCCACCUCCAAUAGUAGAAGACAGUACGGAUGAUGAAGAAGAUGGAGCCCCAAAAAAGAAGUGGCCUACAGUCGAUGCCUCGUACUAUGGGGGUAGAGGAGUCGGGGGCAUUAAAAGAAUGGAGGUGCGCUGGGGUGAGAAAGGUUCGACUGAGGAGGGUGCUAAACUGGAAAAGGCGAAGAACGCGAGGGUAAAGAUGCCCGAACAAGAGUUUGAAGAUCUGCCAACUCGAAUCUUAAAUAACGGCAUGCGGAAACCUCCAGGCCCUCGUAAAUGGUACUCGCCAAUUAAGGGAAAACUGGAUGCAUUGUGGGUACUUCUGAAGAAAGGCUACGACAGAGUGUCCAUCAUGCGACCACAACCAGGAGACAAGGGUCGCUGUAUGAACUUCACUCGCAUCAAGUCCAGUCAUCUUCCCCAGUAUCCAUCCUACAACCACUCUUCACCCAUCUACACCCCACAACGAACCCUCAACCCACCCCCUCCUCAGGGCCAGCUGCCCCCUCCACCUCACAGUCCACCAGCCUCCCUCUCCUCCAGUUUACCUCCCCUGCCUUCCACCCCACCUCCCCAUGCUAUCACUCCAUCCCCACCCAAUACCCCUCCACCAUCCUAUUCUCCACCCCCCAUCUGGGCUUCAUCUACUACCAAUUUCUUCUUUUCUCCGCCCACAUCUCCGCCCUCUUAUCCACCAUCGCCUACUUCCUCCUUGCCUCCACCCCCUCAAGCCCUCCCUCCAGGUAGAGCUCCGCCUCCGGACCGCCCACCUCCACGUCCCUCUCUGUAAUGUGGCGAUUCUGAGUGGACUACUUCAAGGAAUUAAAGAGGAAACAGGAAAGAUACAUUUCCCAUCUCCUCCUUUUUCCAGUAAAUGCAAUAAAACUUCAAAGACUCACUUUUGGAAACAAGGGCAUUUGCUUCCUUUCAAGAACAAUGAAAUGGACCAUGAAAUGGCAUACAAACCACCAUUCAACUCUUAAACUAAAGCGAGCAAAACUCUGAAUCACAAAUCACAGGCAUUGCAAUACACUUAACUCUAAAGAUACAGUAAAUUUGUGUAAAAAGCUAAAUGGUGGGUGCCAUUUGCUUGUUUGUGAAAUGAACUAAGCUUGGAGAUCAAAAGUGGUUGGUUCCAAUAUUGGAUCCAUGGAUGUGUCAGAAUUGCAGGCACAUGCGGCCAUCUUUAAAAGGAGUAUUUCGUGAUAGUGGAAUGCUGAAACAAAACUUUCAGGAGUGCUGUUAUUCUGAAUAUGCAUCCUACGGAAUAUAAGAAAUACAGGUACACUAUAUGGCCAAAAGUAUGUGGACACCUAAAACCACCCAUAACCACUGGCAUUAAUAGGGAGUUGGUCAACCCUAACAGCUUCCACUCUUCUGGGAAGGCUUUCCAUUAUAUGUUGGAACAUGGCUGUGGGGAUUUGCUCUCAUUCAGAUACAAGAGCCUGUCCUGGCAGUUCAUUCAGUUCAUCGCAAAGUUGUUCAGUGGUUUCAGGUCUGGGCUUUGUGCCAGUAAAAUAUCUCUAGUAAGACUCAGUAAAGCAUUUGUUUAGAUGGACCUUGCUUUGUGCACAGGGGCAUUAUCAUGCUGGAAUAGAAAAGGGUCCGCCCAAAUUAUUACCACAAUGCCACUGUAUGGCAUAGCAUUAAGCUUUGUUUUCACUGGAAUUACUGGAAUAGCCAAACCUGUUAAUUAGAAGGGGUUGUCAUAUCCACAUAUGUUACAUUUGGCCAUGUAGUGUAUGUGCACAUUUUUGGCUAGAUUGAAGGGAUGAAGUAGAAUUGACCGUAGCUAUGUUUCUAAGUUGUGAAUUGAAUUUAUACAAAACAUUGGAAAAACUAUUUUUGAACGAAGCAGCAUUUCCAUCCCAUAUGUUUAAAAGAACAUAAUCGUGGUAAAUUGUCAAGUCAAGUAAAGUCAUUUUAUUGUAUAGCGCUUUUUAAAAUACACACUGUUUAAAAGCAAUUUUACAGAAAAUCAUGCUGUAAUGUUUGUAAUGUCUUAAAAGGUUAGUUCACCCAAAAAUUAAAAUACUCUCAUUAUUUACUCACCCUCAUGCCAUCCCAGAUGUGUAUUACUUUCUUUCUUCUGCUGAACACAAACAAAGAUUUUUAGAAGAACAUUUCAGCUCUGUAGGUCCUCACAAUGGUACUAAAAUUUUGAAGGUCCAAAAAGCACAUAAAGGCAGGAUAAAAGUAAUUUAUAAGACUCCAGUGGUUAAAUAUAUAUCUUCAGAAGCAAUAUGAUAAAUGUGAGAAACAGAUCAAUAUUUAAGUCCUUUUUUUUUUUUUACUAUAAAUUCUCCUCCCUGCCCAGUAGGUGGCGAUAUGCACGAAGAAUCACGCUAAAAGCAGAAGAAGAAUGUGAAAGUGAAAGUAAGAUUGAUAAUAAAAAAGGACUUAAAUAUUGAUCUGUUUCUCACCCACACCUAUCAUAUUGCUUCUGAAGAUUUAAAUAUAACCACUGGAGUCAUGUGGAUUACUUUUAUGCUGCCUUUAUAUGCUUUUGUAGCUUCAAAGUAAAAAAAAAAAAAAACAUUUGUUUGUGUUCUGCAGAAGAAAGAAAGUGAAAAUAAAGGAAUUUUCAUUUUUUGGAUAACUAUUCCUUUAAGUGUCUUAAAGUCCUCACUGAACAGUUUUAUUGGAAUACGUCAUUAAAAAUAAUGCAUUAAAAAAAAAAAAAAAAGAAAUUCUCUAGGCCCCCAGUGAGCAAGCCUAAGGUGACUGUGGCAAGGAACCCAAAACUCCAUAAGAUGUUAGUUAGUAGAGAAAAAAACUUUUGGAGAAACCAGGCUCAGCUGGGGGAGCAAUUUCCCCUCUGGCUAUACAGCUUGAUAAUCCCAAAAUUAGUUAGCUAUGUGCUAAAUAAGUCAUGUAUUAAUUAAGUAAAUCAAUCAAUAUUUAAUGGGAAAUGUGUAAAACUACAGGAUUUCGAUUGAUCUUUCUCUCACGCUCAAGAAAAUACUGAAAUUGCAGAAAUGAACCACCUUUGCAAACAUUUUAUUUUUAUUUUUAUUUUUCUUUGAGUGAAAAGCAAUAUAUUGCUAUAAGAAGGCAAACGGCUUUUGGUAUUUCAGGUAACUGUCAUUUUAUUUGUGCAAUAUAAAUUUUAGUGGCUUUUAUUUUGGGUGGCAUGUUACUUUUUGGUCUUUGAAUGUCAGAAAAAAGUACCAGCUGAUAAUUAAGAUGGUAAUAAGAUGAUAACAGCUUGUGGAAAUGCUUCAGUUUUAUUAGAACAGCAUUCCAUUCUAAUAAAAUCAGCCUGAUCUCAUAAAAAGUUGCAAAAUGAUAUUAUGUGGUUCAUUACACAUAUUCCCUCAGAGAACUCGACAGUAUGGAAUAACACGAGUUAGUGAUAGAGUUAGAGAUCAGGAUUCUCGCUCGAACCAUCAGAGCUUACCCCUACAGCAGGACAGGACCUAAACUGGUGGAGUUGGGGUGACGGUGGGUGAAAACAACAUGGCGAGACACAGCUGUAGUACCUUAUAAGGCAUAGGCUAAACCAUGAUUGGGUGAGAUGUCGGAAUUAGAUGAAUGAAUGACAUAAUGCUAAUGCUUACUAUGAGUCCUCUGCGAGAAUUAUCGCUUAGGCUUCCAUUUCCGAGGUGAAAUGUCCACAGUGUGGCGCUAAAAGCAAUUUAAAUGUUCCCAAACAGAUAGGUUUUUAAGGUUAAUGCUCUAUAAAGUUUUAAAUCAACCAAACCAAUGACUCUACACUAAACCUUUAACCUUAAACUGAUAGUGUCAUAAAAAGCAAAUGUGACAUGAAAAAUGCAAUUGCUGAAGCAACCACGUCAUUUUAUGGUGCUUCUAUGACACUUUCGGCUCAAGUGUCAACUCGUGUGCUCUUCAGGACUCGUAACCCGGUCCUUUGCAUUGCAAGUGCAACACUCUAUCAGUUGAGCAAUCCUGCAAUUUGGUCAUGUCUGAACAAGCUUGUAAAUGUAGUUGAUUAUGUAAUGCAAACGUUAAAAUGUAUCAUCUUACAAGAUGCGCUGUUGUAAAAGUAUUUAGAUGUCAUAAGAUAGUACUGUGUGAGGAACAGGGUGACAAGUAAGUGUUUAUGAACUGAUAUUCUGCCAUUUUACUCAUGAUUUAAGUGAAAGGGAAUAACAGUUAUUGUUGCUGUAGCAUCUCUUGCGUUUAUUUCACCAUGAAACUGCUGCAAUAUGUCACGUAAAAAUCAUUUUGCAAAGAUUUAGGUAUAGCAACGGAUUCUAUGUGACCAGGUUGAAUUUAAUACGUUUUACUUGUAUUAUCAGAGUUUAAUUAAAAAAGUAAUACAUGAGAAUUUGAGAACUUCUUAGUAUUUAGCAUGCCUUAUUUUUGCUUUAAGAACAGCAUUCAAGCUGGUAUGGACUCCACAAGUUUGUGCAAAACUUGAUGAUCAUAUUAUCCAGCAAGUAGUAUGCUUCAACGAAAGCAAAUAAAUCUGAAUUUGUUUUGCUCAAUGUCUCAAAUUUGUAAUAUUUGAUUUAGCGUAUAGUGCGUAAGAGUCUUAAAUAUUUCUGGUUAAUUCUAUGUCACAACCUUUCUUUGUUUCAAAUGAAUCAAAAUCCGAAAUCCCAGAUUUUUAAUGUGGUCUCAGUCUCUUCAACAUACAGUGGGGUCCAAAAAAACUAAGAGACCAGCCAAACUAGAAAAAAAGCGAACCUAAGCAACAUCACCUUCCUUUGCACAUAUAACAUUUGUAAUGGUGUAUGGGUGCAUUAUUAAAAGAUUUUGUACAAAUAAUUAAACCUUUACACAUGUUGUAUGUAUACGUCUACAUAGUAUGUAUCCUUUUGUUUAGCUUCCUUUUGAUAUAAGGUUCUUCUUCUUUUGUGUUGUAAUGUUAUCAUUAAACAUUAACAGCAGAAGAUUACAAGUAGCUGUACCCGUCAGAAACUAUCUACAACCCAAAGUCCAAUGCAUUUGAUACGUGUUUGUUAUUGUUCAUAGAUUACAUGUUGUAUAUAUUAUUGUCAUAAAAUAACACAGCGGCAGGAUCCACAAUCCUUUGCUUCUAAAGAGCUCUAGUCCUUUUUCAUUGUCCUCUGACUCUUAAGUUAUUGCAGUCCCAUGCCGAUGCCAGCGCUGUUUAUAUGGCUCCCAAGCCUUGUUUUGAUGAUGGUUUCAUGGGUUAUUUACACCAAAGAAAUCAUAUACAUUAAGCUUUUAAAAGGAAUCAUGUAAAUGUAUCAUUAUCGAAAUUACUCUGUUCACGGCAAAGUUAUUUUCACUUUUUCUCAAUUGUUCUUUUGUUUUUAAAUAAAGUGUUGUCAUAAAAGUCAAUUCAGUUCGUUCUGUUUGUAUGUGUUUUGUGUGUUUGUAUGUACCUGUAUUUUUUAUCAGUUACCCUCUAU